CGCAGCCUGCGGAUUCCGCAUAGAAACGUUUAUGCAGCCUCAGCUUUCGGAUGCAGCGGCUUUAGGCCUGCUCUGCGGGUCCCACUUUGGUCGGCCCCCAGUAGCGUUGCCGCAAAGGAAGCUAAAAGAAAGAAGCAAAAGAGGACGACAGAAGAAUAAGAGUAGGGGGGAGAGAGAGAGAACGGGAGAGCUAAAAGAGAUAAGAGGGAUGAGAAACCCGUCGUCAAGUUCAGGUCCGGGAUCGUCGUCGUCUUUGGCGUCGCCGGUGGCGGGGUCUGGGACGAUCAUGAAGCAGCGGCAGAAAGGGGCGCCGACGCCGUGCUGCAGCAAGGUGGGGCUGAAGCGGGGGCCGUGGACGCCGGAAGAGGACGAGGUGCUGAAGAAGUUCGUCCGGAAGGAAGGGGAGGGGCGGUGGCGUACGCUGCCGAAGCGCGCCGGGCUCCUCCGCUGCGGGAAAAGCUGCCGCCUCCGGUGGAUGAACUAUCUCCGCCCCUCCGUCAAGCGCGGCCCCAUCGCCCCCGACGAGGAGGACCUCAUCCUCCGCCUCCACCGCCUCCUCGGCAACCGGUGGUCUUUGAUAGCUGGGAGGAUCCCCGGGCGAACCGACAACGAGAUCAAGAACUACUGGAACACCCACCUCAGCAAGAAGCUCAUCAGUCAAGGCAUCGAUCCCCGAACCCACAAGCCCUUGAUCUCCUCUUCCUCCACCACCAGUCCUGAUCCCCUCCUCCCGGAGGGUCCCAAGAUCCAGCCGCCUCCAACAAUGCCAUACCAUAACCCUAACCGUGGUGCAAACCCUAGCCCACCCAUACCUUCUGUUCUCCAGCAAACAAGCGGCGAUCAAGGAGGCGCUGGCAUUCACGCGGACCAAGAUGAUUUCUUCGGCGGCUUGAGUCUGGAACGAGACGAUGGAUGGCAGAACUCCGAGGGCUUCCCUGCCAUGAAUUUGCAGGGGAGCCAAGGAGCAGCUGACAGUGGAGAAGAUGGAGCCAUCGACUGCUGCACCGACGAUGUCUUCUCCUCGUUCCUCGACUCUCUCAUCAAUGAUGACAUUGUUCUGCAGAACCAGCAGCAGGAUGUUACUUACAACGACAACAAUAACAGCAACGACGGGAAGAUUCAAUCAAAUGAUCCUAUUAUGUCGACUUCUGCACCGGGCUUUGGCCUUGGAACCUUAUGGAAAUCUACCUUCACGUCUCCAGUAAUUAGUCUGGAUGAGGAGAUCCAUGGACAGUUUGUCGAUCAUGCAGGCAAGUAGUUCCCGGAUGAUACCUCUGCUGUUGUGUAUGAUAUUAUUUUAACGUACAGUUUGGUGUGCAACUCUUUGUAUCCUUGUUGUCAUGUAUUUUGUGAACGUCAUGUUUGAUUAUUUCGUAAGGAAAUGGAGUUCUGUCUGUAUGAAUACAUUUGUUCAGUGGACUUUGUAAUGGUUUGAUGGGAUCUUUAUUCAAUAUUAUUCAUAACUAUGAUUCGAUGUCCAAAAAGUUUUGCUUCUGAUACUGCUCAGCAAAUGCUGUUCAUUCACAGUAGGCCAGCAGCUGCCCAGCUUGCUUCUCCAUAUGUUGCAUGCUUAUUUUCUCCCCUCUGUUGAUAUAUAUUACAAGGAAAGUUUAUCAUGUUACAAUGUUUAUUUUAAACAUUUGUGAGGUAGUUGUUUGUUAUAUUUUCAGUUACCCACUAAACAAAGUUUCUGAAAAAGAAAGUGCAGUGGUUUCGCACCUUCUCCACAAAGCAAUGCUAUAUGAAAUCACUGGAUAUUUCAAUGUAGUAAUCAGUAAACUGAAUCUUUGUAGUGCAGCUUCAACAAUCUCAUAUUAUAUGGUGGCGAGAUCAGACCAUGGAAGUGAGCUAAGAAUUAUUUGUGCUGAAGGAAUUUAAUUCGAAAUAUAUAUAGAACUCGCAAGUCAUCCUAUAUGAACUGAUACUGUAUGCUGAAUUACAAACUCAAACCGGAGAACUAUAUUCAUGGUUUAAUAUGCAUGCAACCAUUAGAAAUCAGGUAUCUCCACUGAAGCAAACAAUCAUUUAAAUUCUAUAUAUGCACGAAAGCUCUUUGAUUCCUUGUCAGAGCAGUUAUGGAGCUUGAUCUACAUUGACUCUAAUUCCUAUGAUGGUUGGGGUAAUGUUUACAAAGAGACCAGAACGAUUAUUGAUCGGCCAACUUUAUAAGCUUAAUCUAUGUUUUUGCUUUGAUAUAGGAACAGAUGAUCUAAGAAGGUGCAUCCGGAGCAUAGUGCGAAAAUUAUAUUCAAGAUGGAGGGGAAACUUUAUGAUGAAACAUAUCACCAUAGAGAGAGGAUAAAAAACCAAUGAAGAACUAGAUAAAAUUGUUAGAAGGAACCUACAAACUAAUAUUAAUAUGACAGAAUUUGAUGCAGAAGCAUCUUGAGAUAGAACGAAAAAAGAUAUGAUGAACAAGUAAGAUUACAUUGCAUUAUUCCUCUCAGAUGAUGGACUCCUAGGAUCCAUUAUUGGUUCGAUAUCGUACCAGAAAAGAAAAGGCAAUAGAGAGUUUUCAAUCCAAAAGAGAAAUAAAGGCAGUAACAAGAAGUAGCUACGUAUGCUCAUUAAUUUUUCUGCUAAUUAUAAGUAACAUUAUGAAAACAUAUGUCUCUAGAGUAACUAAUUAUCAUUGAUAUGCCUGUCAUUCGAGACAUUUAGUAUUCUAUAACAUGAUAAGGCACUGAACUCCAUUCAUCUUGAUGACUUUGUAAAUCCUAUAAAGCCUUAUGAUGUAUGGCUAAGUCUCUAAGCUGCAUUAACACCGCACAAGGCUCAAUUGCUACAGACAUAUACGUGAGGUAAUUGAUCAUUAUGUGAGCUGCAAGAUAUGAAGUAAUUGCCAAUUACGAACCUGGAGCAAGGUUCUUAUCUUGCCUAAUAAACUGAUGCUUUUUUAUCCACAAGUAACUAAUUUAUUACCUGGUAUCUGCAUGUGAUAAGUACUAAAUUUUGGAUCUACAGAUUUACAACUGCUGUAUAAUUAUUGCACUACUACAUUAUAACAUAAUGGACAUUGGUUACCUCACUGUUAGAAUAAAUAUUCACUGAAGAUAGCAUCCAAGCCGGUCUGGUCUUCUUGGUUCACAAAUGGUAAGAGCUUAAAGAUACUUCGAUGAAUAACAUCAUGAUCCUUGGGAUGCUUAGUGCUAAACCAUCAAUUUAAUAAUUUUCCCUAUUUUUCUCAAAAUAAUCAUCUAUUAUUAUUGAGUGAGCCCUUGUAUCUGUCAAUUGGAAAAUUCACAUGCAAUAAGUGUUACUGACAGUGUCAAUAAUGGCUUAUUGAUAUCCAUGAUGGAGAUACCAACUUUAAAAUUAUUUCAUCUCAAUUCAAUGAGCUAAACCAUGAAUUACAUCCUUUGUGAAGUAUGCAAAAUACAAAGACAUUGAGACUCUAGUAGUAUCCUUUUAAUUUACAUAGUCCUCUAAUUUUUUCUUCUCGGCAUGCAAGUUUCUUUUCAAGAAAAAGAUAGCUACAAGCAGUAAUAUUUCUAUGUUUCAUAAGCUAGGUACAUCUUCUAUCUGGUUUUAAAUGUCAUUCUCCUAAAAUAAUGAAAUUAGUUGUAAAACAUGCUUCUGAUGCAAUGAUUGGUUUGGUUGAAUAGAGAACUAGUAGCAAUAAGCUUCUAUUUUCGGAGGAUUGAUAUUUAUUCGUGAUAGAUAGGCUAUAUUAGGUACAUCACCUUGGUUAAUUUUUGAAGAAAUUAGCUAAAACAACAUGGUUUACUUCCAUCUCACCCCCUAGAGAAACAUAUAUUUUGGACCAACCUGUUAGCCAAUUCUCACAUAAGUUUUGGUAAAUUUGAUUGAAAACAAACAACAACUCUGAAAUAGCACAAAGCAAUUAACAAACCUUUAAGCUUGGUUGGCAUCCCUCUCCACUUGAAAAAGGUCCAAAGUUCAAAUCUUAGUGCUGAUCCUCACCAAAGGGUCAAACAAUCGAAACCCACUUCAAUUUAGAAGAGUAACGAGAGGAUUCCCAUUGAGGUAUUCUAGGAUUUUCAAGUAAUUUUGGGUAUCAUACUGUUUGAAUAGGAUUUUGAAGAGUAUUAACUAGUAGAAAAUAGAUAAGUUUAGAUUCCUAAGCUACUAGAGUCAAAAUGUUUUUGAGUUAGAUGUAAACAUAGUCAAAUGGCAAUCAGAUAUCUACAUUUUUUUAAAAGAGAAAAGUGAGCCCAACAAUCUGCUGAUAAAUCCAAUAACAUCUUAAAUGCAUAGAUCUAUUUAAUAAGAAUAUAAUAUACUAAGCAUAAUACUAUUGCUAUCAUCUGUGGGGUGGAUAAAAAGAAUCACCUAUAAAAUAAUCAAACCUACUAAUUGUAAGAAAAUCAUGUUCCAUUCAGUGGAUAAGAAAAAAGCUAAGAUAACCAUAAAUUGUGGGUCGUUCCGGUUACGAAUUUAAUUUGCUCGGCUGAAAUCGCUGCUCUAGUUAAAUGGAGAUGUUAGGAUGAAAAAUUUCAAAAGACACCACAAUGUUGGAACCUAAUUUUAGAAUUUUCUUGCAAGAAUGAAAAUUAACUCAAUUGCUUUAAUAAUUUCUCUUGAUCAUUGCCUAAGUCCAACCCACAUGACCCUGCGUUAGCGGUGUUUAUGAAGCUACACAUAUAUCAUGGAUGCUUUUGGGCCUAAUUUAGGUUAGAGAUUUUGGUGCAAUUGCAAGGCAUUUUGUCCAUGGUAGGCAUUUUGCAUUUCCUUUUGGGAGUUGCAUCUCAAUAUAUAAGAAUAUUUUGCUACUUACAAUGUUCUUAGAGUGUUACAAAUUACUCCAUGCAAUACCUUGGAAUCCACUGGCAUAAUUCAAAAUGACAUUUUAAAGAAAACUAAUAAAGCCAAGGAUGAAAUCAAUGUGAUGGCCAACUCAUUGGUCCUCUCCUCCUAGGGUGGAUAGGUUUUAUGAUAUGGAGACCUACCAUGAAGACUGGUAGGUGAGACCAAUUGUGGCUCAUUUUUCCCUUUAUCAUGGCAAGUCAUUUUUGUUAUGUUGAGAUAAAUAGGCAGGGUUGAGAAUAGACCAAGCAUAGCAUCCAAUUAGUAUGAAUUGGAACAGGCUUUGUAAAAUUGUGAUACACUCUAGUAGGAAGAUCUCUUAAAUUUUCAGGUGUAUCUGUGUCAAAUAAAUAUCUCUUAAAUUAAAUAAAAAAGAAGCUGCAUUAAUUGGAGGGAAAUCAGAAGGAAAGACAGGCAAAGAAUGAUUUCCUCCCAUUUAGGAGCAUAGAAGUUGCCCAAAUCUUAAGAAUAUUUUAUCCGCUAAUUGCUUUGUUUGGUGACAUCUUUACACUAUUCAUAGCUAAAUUGGUAGUAAACAUGGUUCGAGACUGUUUGGUUUGGUCUGACUGGACGCUGGGGCGUGGAUGAAGUCCUUGAUGUGAUUGGAAAUACAAUUUGAACCAAGAAAGGACCUACCACUACUUCAAACCUCACAGAAGACAAUCUUCAGAAAUUUCUUUUUUUAUGUGAGGAAACAAAGGCAGACCUAACUAAAUGGGACCCCAUGCUUCCAUGAAGUUGAUGAGACAAUUGAACUUAUUUCCGUAACUCAUUUUUCACCUAUGAAUUUGUAGCCUGAAAUCAUAUAGGGCUAGGAUUCUCUUCAAUCUCGACUUGGACUAUAGAGAACCCUAUUGCAAUCAAAAGUUGUCUAUGAUUGGCAUGAUGGUCAUGAUUGGAAAGGCCCAUCAUGGCAUAUGAGACAUCGCACAUAUGGACCUCAUUCAAACAUGAUCGUUGUAUUAAUUGCGGAUAGCUAUGAUUGGUGGAUGCAUCCUAUCCGGUUCAUGUAUCAUAAAUGACCAUUAAGUUUGAGAGGGAGUUGAUUUUAAUUACGAAGAAAGUCUCAAUUGAAACAUGCAUCACCAAUGGCCAUUUAGUUUGAAAGGUAGUUGAUUUUAAUUAAGAGUAUAACAUAUCAAUCAACUUGCUGUGCAGGGCUAACUCGUUUGCUUCAUCAAACAUUGCUAUACGCCAAGCAAAACUCUUUUAGAGACUUUCUUGUUCCACAAAGAAAUAAAGUCAUUUUCUUUUGCAUGCUCACGUGGCAGCAGAUCAUUGGAAGCCAUUUCAAAAUCCAAAUAACCAUUUCAUGUAAUUUUUCCCCUACGUCUUUCCACCGUACACGCGGGUGCUUCGUCACACGUGGCAAUUGAGGUUGGACAAGUAGACAAAGAACGUUGGUUGUUGACUUGGACAAAAAGGUCGUGCAAUAUGCUUAAUUAUGUAAGCAAGCAUGAUUAGUGCGAGGGGUCAUUUGAGUGGCAAAUCAUGAAUAAUUCCACAAGAAAACAUGGAUUACCGAACGAGAAUAGCAAUUCCAAUUGGUUACGAAUGCCGACCGAUCCAUCUCGUGGUGUGGGGGAUGCAUUCGUGGUUGGGUUAGAUGAAAAAUUCUAGCAAGCAAAGCCAACACUCGGUUUCCUUUGAAUAAAGCAUUCAAGAUAUGACCCUAUCGGAAUUAGAACAAAUACAUCUCAUGAAAUAUUUUGUGCUAAUAUGCCUGGUUAUAAAAUUUCAACCUUAGGGUAAACAUAUUCUACAUUAUCAUUUCAAAAAAAAUGAAAAAACAAACUUACACUAUCCCAUUGUCAUGUGAAAUUUAAUGUGU